AUGGCCAAGAAAUUAACCCCUACUGCUUUCACAAAAGCCGUGAUGCGGUCAUUCAUGGCCGACUCGGGCCUGGAACCGAGAUUACUAGGCCCAAGAUUCCGCGUUGUGAGCGCGCAAUCCGGACGUGUCGACUUCGAGCUCGACAUCCACAGAGACCACACGAACCGCCUCAACACCAUACACGGGGGCACGCUCGCCAGUCUAGUCGAUCUCGGGGGCUCGCUGGCCGUUGCGUCCACAGGCCGCUUCGCGACCGGUGUCUCGACAGACUUGAACGGUGAGAAGGCCCUCUGA